GAAAGCAUUACAUACUCCACAACACUAAGUGGCAGUGUGGCUUUGUGUGUGUGCAUGCUGAAAAACUUUGAGGCUUUGUCAGCGGCAGACUUCUGGCUGCACGGACUGUCUCUAACAUGCACAAUGCCUUCUCCGAUCCCUGUGACCCGCCUACUGCCCAAAGACAUCUACCCCUAUCUGGACAUUUGGACCUGCAGCAGCCCGCUCACCAAAUACUCCCACGGCUCCACCUUACAAGUCCCAGUUCAGCGGCUCCACGGCAGAGUCGCCAGCCGGCUCUGGUCCUCUGUGAUCCAUUGGAAGGAGCUGCGAUCCGUGCAGCCUGUGGGCUCCGGCGGAUUCGGCUCUGUCUACAAGGCAGAGUAUCUCGGGGAGAUCGUUGCGCUGAAGAAAGUCAAGAAGUGCACCAAGAACAAGCUGGCGUCCCGGCAGAGCUUCUGGGCCGAGCUGAACGCAGCACACCUGCGCCACAGAAACAUCGUGCGAGUCAUUGCAGCUACCACCUGUGUACCGGCGGAUUUUGGAGAUGAAGGUAGCAUCGGAACGAUACUGAUGGAAUUUGUUGGGAGUAGAAAUCUGCAACAGAUCAUCUACGGAUGUACAGAGCUUCUGGGGGAGGACAGGUGGCUCAGGUACUCCACAGACAUUGUGCAAGGUUUGCAGUUCCUUCACUCCCACAGCGUUGUGCAUCUGGACAUAAAACCAGCCAACGUGUUGGUGUCCUGUGACGACGUCUGCAAAAUUGUCGAUUUCGGCUGUUCUUUGAAACUAGACUGUGGGUGUGAAGCGAGCGCUAUCAGCCCCCAUCUGAGCCACAUAGGCGGUACUUACACGCACAGAGCCCCUGAGCUGCUGAAGGGCGAGGGGGUGUCUCCUAAAGUGGAUAUCUUCUCUUUCGGGAUUACGUUUUGGCAGUUGAUCACCCGAGAUCAGCCCUACACCGGCGAAAGGCAGCACGUGCUCUACGCGGUUGUGGCGCACAAUCUGCGGCCGUCUGUUCAGGAUCAUCCGGUGUUCCUGUCGAAGCAAGGACGUCUUUGUAGGACUCUGCUAAGCCUGUGCUGGAGUGGAGAGGCCCGCUGCAGACCCAGUGCCCAGGAACUGCUGCCUCACCUGGAGCAGCUGCGCUCCCAGAUAUGAGUUUAUAUUAUAUGUGGUGCACGUGUACUGGCAGCUGUUGGUUUUAUAAAAUGGACAAGUUUUAGGAACGUUUUAGUAGGUGCUGUCCUUCAGGACGAAUCGGUCGAGUACCCAUUGUCAAAAAAAUUGUCACCUUUGUGCCAAAUCCCUUUUAAAAAGUAUACAAUUUAACUGCCUUCUUGUUUAUAAUAAAAUAGUGCCUCGCGAAAUUUAAAUUGCUGGAUUAUCAUAAAGGAUAUAGGUUACCUUUCAAUUCGGCACAUGUAAAGCAUUUACGAAGUACUAUUGUAAUAAAAACAGUUGAUUUUUUUCAUGGCUUAUUCUGCCUGGAUUAAUGCAUUUUUGGUUGCAAAUAGUUUCAAGUGAAAUGUAUUGUGUGUUGUACAGAGUGUUAGUAAUUAUGUGCCUAAUUGAAGUGGUUCCUAAUGAUUAAGCAAUGACACUGUACAGUUGUAUUCUUAGUGGUGUAAGGCUUAAUUGUGCCGCUGAGGAAGGCAUCUCUAAAAUGCCCUAUAAUUGAGUGAAAUAUUGUUAUAAGUCCUCUGAAACGAAGUCACUACACUGCUACACGUAAAAAUCCUCAUUAUUCUCGAAUUUAGUUUUAAAGUAGCUAUUACUUGCGCAAAAACAAGGGAGACAGUCUACCAACAGGCUGAUACACUUUUUUUCUAAAUGCAGAUUGAAUUGUUUGAGUAAUUUGCUUUUAGGGUCUUGAGAAAAGGCGGAUAACUCCAGUAGUAUCAAGAAAACAAAUUAGUUUGGGUAGAUGUGCUAUUCACCCCUUUGGCGGAAGUUCUUGACUCCUUGAAAGAAAAAAAGACAUGGUAAAACUACAUUUUAGAUUCACUACUGGUUAAACUGUACAGUUUGCCAGCAUAAUAUAAUACUGAUCCCUCUGAAUUAAUCAAAAAAAGUCCUGCACUGUUAACUCAUCGUAAUUUCACUAGUCAACUCAAAACAGCCCUACUAAGCUUACUGUGAAAGUUCUGACUUUGUUUUGGCCAUUUUUAUUCUUCUUAUGGAAUCCAAAGUAUGUUGUGAAUUGGGUGUUAUUUUCCAUGAUGAUUGUAAUAUGAGAUUUAAGUGUGAUGGGUUUUCAUUAAAAUUAUUUUUAUACUAUA